UCUUGGUUUUGCCUCCGGUACUUGCAAACGCACAAGACCACUUCGUGAUUCACAGAGUUGAAGAUGUUUCCAAUGGAAUUGGUGUGAAAAGAAGAAGUUUUCCUUUAACGAAAAUCUCUUUAAUUUUUUUUUGAAUGUGAAGAAAAAGCUGCAUUUUGCCCCAGAGGAAAAUCGUGAAAAGUGCUUCAAUUUUCUUCUAUUGCUUUUCUUGUGUGUGGCUGACAUUUUUCAUACCACGAUUGAGUUGGAGAAAGGCACAAGAAGUACAGUUAGAUAUGCAGAAAGAACAUGAAUUCAGUUGGUAACACCUCUGUACAUAAAAGUUGUGCUAUAUAGUUGUAAGUUUUUUUGUGAUCAAUGGAGGCGUGAAGAAAUUUUCCUUCACGAGGAAAAAAGUUUAAAAAAAAAGAACAAUUAAAAAAUCUUAAAAUUUUGUGAUUAGAAGCAACACAAUCUUGCCCAACAUUCACACAAAAUCCAUCCAAGGAGGAACUUUCCAGACACUGAAGAUAUUAAAUAACGUGCUCACCCGUGCUGUAUAUUAACUGAAUCAUAUCAUUUCUCAAUGUUUGUAUCACACACAAGUUUUUUUUUCGGGGAAAUUUAAGAGAAAAGAUAUGAAGCGUUGAGAAUAUUUUAGCUGAUUCAGCAGCAAAAAUGCACGAGCUCUUUGCAAAAGUUCUUACAAAGAGGGAUCUCUCGAGAGCCGGUGAUCUCUUCUCCGUGGCAGACGUUGACAUUGUCAAUGAUCUCACCGAUGUGCUGACGCAGAUCGAGCUAAUCAUCUCCCAGGCGGAUUAUUUGCAAAAUAAAAAUGAUCAAUCGGUGAUGGAAAUUUGUGUGACACGCGUAACAUCGUGCAUACGUGAGACGAAGACUGUGGAAAGACACUGCCCUGCCUUGGUUAGCCUUCUGGAUUCAUGCCUCAAGCAGAAUUUGCAACCACUGUCCGGCGAAGAUCCGCCUCAUGCUAAAAUAUCGGCCGAUUUAAUAUCCAGCAUAUUCCUCAAUUACAACAAAAAGACCGUUAUGGAGAUGGCUCUGCCGGUGGCUGUGAAAUUCCUGCAGAAAGGCAAUCGGGAAUUGGCAAAGAAUCUUGCAAGCUACCUCUCAUUGGCCGCCAUUGAGUAUGCCUACUUGCUGAGCCCCCAUGUGCAAUCGAUUCUGGACAGCGUUCUCGCGGGGAACUACGGGUUGUGUCAGAUAUUGCCGCAAAUUUACGAAGUUGCCCCACAUUCACUGGAUCAGCAUACUUUAGUACUCAUCUCCCUGCUCAAUCGCUGCGACACGCAGGAGAAAUUGGCACUCCUUCAACUAUUUGCAUUGAUUGCCAAAAAUAAUUCGUCCGCACUGGAAGACCACAUUCCGCAUUUGUGUGAAUCUCUACAGGAGACCACCACUGUUUCCGCCACACUCAAUGUCUUGCUGAAGCUAGCCGAGGAGGUGCCGUCUCGCAUUUAUGAGCAUUUCGAUAAGAUCAAAAUAGCUGCUGAAAAGAAUCCACAGACUGUGGCAAUCGCCUCCCAAGUCUUGGCGACAUCAGGAAAAAUCAGUCGGUCUCGAGCGCAGUUUGCACUUGAUUUUGUCCUGCAACACCUACCCCAUGCUGAUCGUACAUCACAAACAAUCCUCCUUCGGGAAGCAACAAUGCUCUGCUCAACAUACCCCAUACUCUUCACUGACAAAGUACUCGCGUGCGUGCGCCAGAAGAACAACACAUCAUCGCAACAAUCCUCAAUCUCAACAUCACCCACAACAUCAUCCUCCCCACCACCAAUUUCGGGCAAUCAAAUAUCCGGUGGGGUGACUAUUGUUAAGCUCAACAUGGCCCCCAUUCACGCGACUGUCUCAACAGCCACAGCAACAGCAACUACAGGAAAUUCCGUAACAACCACUGUGAUUAAUUCAACAUCCAAUGGUACAGCCACUGUGCACGUCCCUCCGCAACCUGAGAAAACCUCACAUGUUGUUACAAUCCCAACAACAACAACAGCAGCAGCAGCAGCAGCAGCAGCAGCAGCAACUUUAGCAUCACAGCCCAGCAGCACGGCAACAAAUGGAACUGCUGUUGUAUCACCACCGCAUACUGGCUACACACGUCGUGCGAAAUUGGGAGACUCCCGCAGCACAGGACGCCUCCAUUCAACUGGGAAUACCCAUCGCAGUAUGACGCGCCUCAAUAUAGCCGGUGGUUCCGUGGGAGGGCUCCAUAAGAGCAUGACGCGCCUCAGUUCAUCCCAGCAAAUAAAUCAGCAACAAAAUAACACCUCAAACCCCAACAAUGUCAACACAAACAGCCACUCGAGCGGUAGCGUGUCCCAAAUCAACGGUGUCAGUGCCACAGCUCCCAACUACGUCACCCCCGUGCCGCCACUCAGUAGCAAUGUGAUCAUCACGGGGCACAACAAAUGGGGCAUUCCGUCGACGAAAAUCACCUCUGGCGGCGUCACGGUGACCACGAGCCCCCCGCGGGGUGUUCGACCCCAUUCUCAGGGGUUGAGCACCCUCCUAGGGUCAAGUGGGGGCUUGGGAUCCAUCACGAGUCAAAGCAACAGCGUCUCAGUUCAGCACGCCUCACCAGCUCCAUCGUCCGCGGGUGCUAGCUCAUCAUUCCAGCAAUCAGUGAUGACACUCCCAAUCAACUCCGUCUCCUCCAAUGCCAUGGGGGGCAAUCAGGUGUCCGUAUCGGGACCCGUAACAGUUACAUCGCGUCGCAAUGAUAACACAAGCAUCACACUCCUCAAUGCCAAUCAUCACUCAACCAACCAGAGAAUGAGUGUCUUUGAACCAUGCCCAGAACGAGAUACAAUCCAACAUUUUUCCGAGAAGCAUUUCGACAAGAUCAAAGUGUUUAUUGAGAGUGUGGAGCAGCGCUUGCCACCAGCUGCAAAAUGCACCAUUGAAGAGCGUCGUUCAAAGAAAUUUGCAAAGCUACACUUUGCCUGUCAAGCUCGAGGUCCGCACUGUCUCUAUUCCAAGACAUUCUUCACAAUGCGUACACGAAAUCCCAAAACGUGGAUCCACCUGAUGUUUCUUGAUCAGCAAUCACGCGCCCAGACAGCCCUCAGCAGCCGUGAUCCAGCUGUGAGUAGCCUCAGGCAUUGCUGGGACAUUCUCAAGUGUGAGAAUAAAUCCUUCGUGACACUGGCAACGAGUGCCUUCCCGUCCACAAAGGACACGGAUGCCCUUGUGAAUGAAUUGAGGAAUUCGGGAUUUUUCGAUGUAUUCGAAUUGGGGCCAGUUAAUGGAAAUUCCACAAAUGGUCGAACAAGUUCGGAGGAUUUGCAACUCCAAUGGGGCUGUUUCCUCUGCAAUCAUCCCGAAAAGGCAAUGGGAUUCCUCCAGGGUAACACCCAGCCCGUAAUUGAGGGUCAAUUGAAGGAGAAAAAGGGCAAAUGGCGACUCUUUAGACGCUGGAGAACGCGAUAUUUUACCCUAUCUGGAGCUCAUCUAUCCUGCAAGGGUUCUAGUGGCGGAGAGAGUAUUGAUAUCAAUCAAAUACGUUCCUUAAAGGUAUCCCGAGGUGCUAGAAAUAUUCCCAAAGCCUUUGAAAUCUUCACGGGAGAUCAAACGUUGAUUCUAAAACCGAAGGACGGAAAGAAUGCCGAAGAAUGGGUCCAGUGCCUGAGUAUUGUUGUUGCCACAUCUCAGGCACGAGAUCAACCCUCGAAUAAGACAAAUAGUCUACCUGCGAGGAGCAUAGGAAACAGCCGGACAGCCUUCUAAGAAAACGAAGAAUUGCUUCCCAAACAGCAAAGUUAUUGUAAAACUUAUUAUGCGAUUGGCUAUUCUCUUAUCAAAGUGCUUCCAAUUAUUAUUAUUAAAAAAAAAUAUAUACUUUAUACUGUUAACUUAAUCAAUGUAUUAAUAUUUUUUUAUUAAUAUAUAAAAUAUUUUGAA